AGGAGAUGAGAAUAAUAUUAACCUUUUUGUAUAUAUUCCAAUUUAGUUCUUUGACAUUUGCCAUAGUUCGGUUGGAGAAGGUUGAUGUCAAAAUUCUUGAUCCAUCAAAAGCAAAAUGUACCGUUGAAAUCAUCCCUGGCAAACCAUCAACAGUUGUCAAUUUGCAUGCGGAAACUUUCUUUGAAGGAGAGGAUAUAACAGUCAAAUUCGCAGCAUUUUCUUUUAUUGAUGGGCAUUACAAUGAAUUCAUUGAAACAAACUCGGUGAGCAUCUGCGAUAUGCCGAAAUCUGACCAUCCCCUGAUUUCAUUUAUGUAUAAAGAACUAAGUAAAGCCGGAAAUCUUACAACGGCAUGUCCAGUUAAAAAAGGAACUUAUGUUCUUCGCGAUUUCAAAAUAUUAGAAUCAGAUUUACCGAUUUCACUUCCCCCAGGAUCUUUCAAACUUGAACUCAAUGGUUCUUUGCAUGAAAAUAACCAAUUGAUUCCUCUCUUUGUAUCAGACAUUUAUUUCAAAGAAAUGUAA